AAGAGACUUUACCUGCACAAAGAAGAAGGGGUGGAAGAGUCAAUGAAGCGAAGAAAAGCUAGCUAGAGAGAGAAAGGAGAGAUGGCAAAAACUAAAGCUAAAAAGCUUAAAAGCUUAAAGAAAGUUGAUUGCAGAAAGCAAGAGCUUUUUCUUUCUCCACGUUCUCUCUCUUAAAAAACCUUUUCUUUUCCCUUUAAUUUCUUUCUUUAUCUCUCUACCCAUUUUCUUUCAAUCUAUCUAUCUAUCAGUAAAGCUGAAAACCCCACUACACCAAAAACUUCACCACCUGUACAGGGUAAAGAUUGAUUUCUUUCACUUCACCAAUAACAACAUAUAAUCUUCAAAUCCCAACAAUAAUCCAUCCAUGCUAGACAACACCACCACCUCCACCACCACUUCCAGCGCUGCUCCUUCUCCUUCUUCUGAUCCCUUAUUCCCCGCCUUGGAUAAUGGGCUCACCAACAAAAGAAAAAGAAAACCUGCUGGUACUCCAGAUCCAGAUGCAGAGGUUGUAUCUUUAUCACCAAGGACAUUACUGGAAUCAGAUAGAUAUGUGUGUGAGAUCUGCAACCAAGGGUUUCAAAGAGACCAGAAUCUACAAAUGCAUAGGAGAAGACACAAAGUGCCAUGGAAAUUGUUAAAGAGAGAGACGCAAGAGGUAAAAAAGAGAGUUUAUGUGUGCCCAGAGCCUAGUUGCUUGCACCAUGACCCUUGUCAUGCUUUAGGAGAUCUUGUUGGUAUAAAGAAGCAUUUUAGAAGAAAACAUAGCAAUCAUAAGCAAUGGGUUUGUGAGAAAUGCUCUAAAGGUUAUGCUGUUCAAUCUGAUUACAAAGCUCAUCUCAAGACUUGUGGCACUAGAGGCCAUUCUUGCGACUGUGGCCGGGUCUUUUCCAGGGUUGAAAGUUUCAUUGAACAUCAAGAUGCUUGUACAGUAAGGCGAACUCAGCCUGAACUACAAGCGCUACAACCUGCUUGCUCUUCAAGAACAGCUUCAAGCACCAGCCCUUCAAGUGAUGCCAAUUUUAGUAUCACCCCGUUGCAAGGACUGCCUAUUCCAAAACCAAGUGAUCAACCUGUCUUUUUAUACUCAUCUUCUGAUAGAUAUGAUGCUUCUACUAGUAGCCAUCAUCAAGAACACAAUCUUGAACUUCAACUACUACCCUCUUCCACAACUCGCAUGUUGCAAAACCCUGAUCAAGAGCGUUACCCUACAAAUUUAAAGCUUUCGAUAGGGUCAAGUGACCGUACAAUCGAAAAGAAUAAUGACGGUAAUAAAGAAAAAAAUAUGGCCAAUGAUUCUACUGGUGAAGAAGCUGCAAGACUUAAAGAAAUAGCGAAUGAGCAAAUGAAGUUAGCAAUGGCGGAGAAGGCUUAUGCAGAAGAAGCAAGACAACAAGCAAAGAGACAACUUGAAAUGGCUGAGCUUGAAUUCGCAAAUGCAAAAAGGAUAAGGCAACAAUCUCAAGCUGAACUUGAGAAGGCUCAAGUUUUAAGAGAACAAGCAACAAAGAAAAUAAGUUCUACUAUAAUGCAAAUUACUUGUCAAGCUUGCAAGCAACAUUUUCAAGCUCCGGCUGCCGCGGUGGCUGCGCAGGCAGAUGAGACGUCUCUUGCUAUGAGUUAUAUGUCCUCAGCAACAACUGAAGGAGAAGGAGAGUGAUCAUAUAUAGAUAAUAAAUAUAUUUAAGUAAAAUUCUUAAGCAUUUGAUUUGGUUUUUGGUUGUUGAUUUUAAAUUUGCUCUGGCCAUAUAUAUCAAAUUAGGUGUUUCAAUUAA